AUGACGGUCCUUUCGUCGGCAUUGCUUCCACGCCUGCGACUCUACCCAGUUCUCUACGUGCUGGGUGGCGCGCUGAUGAUCAUUGGCGGGGCGCUCCAGACCUCCAUGACGGCCGACAGCCCCGUGGGUCUCGUGAUGGGGAACCUCGCGCUCGUAGGUGCGGGAGUAGGUUUGAUUUUCCAGCAGGGCGCCGCGGUGCUCAAGACCUUGGCACGGGGUGACGCAACCAAAGAGUCGGAUCAUGUUGUUGUCUUCUUGAUCAUGCAGCUGGGCGGAGUUGCUCUGUUCAUGUCGGUUGGUGGGUGCGUAUUCCAGAACCUGGGGUUCAAGUAUGUCAGCGAUGCUCUGGGCGAUGCCGGCGUUCGGCUUUCCGAUGCUGAAGUCAGGCAGGCGCUCGGCGGCCUGGAUUCUGCGUUUCUGGGCCAGGCAGACCAAGGAUUAGCAAGAGUUGUGGUCGAGGAGAUUUCCAGGGCUAUUGGGAACACAUUCUUCAUUGUUGUGGGGGCCGGUGCUGUGGUCUUUUGCCUUGCAUUUGUGAUGAAGUGGGAAAGGCUCGAUUUCAAGCCAAAACCAGUGGCGACUGAGUUAUCUGGACCACAGUCUUCAUGA